GUCGCUUAGCAACGGCGCGGCUUCUCCGGCGAGCGCCAUGGCGGCGGCGGAGGAGGAGGUGGUGGCCGCGGCCGAAGUGGCCAUUCGCAGCCAGAGGGUCUUUCUAAACCAUUUGGACUCCUACAGCGGCAGCAGCAUCGGGAAGUAUUUAUCUAACUGUGUUGUUGGAGCAUCACUUGAAGAGGUGGGAGAGGAAGAGGAAGAAGAAGAAGUUGAAAUUAUGUCAGCUAUAGAUGUUACUCUCAGUAAACCAAAGGAGGGAGCCUACCAAAUAGUGGGGACUCUUUCUAAGGCACAGAGUAUGAAACCAGAUUUUGCUCAGGAAACUUACACAAUCUCUACUCGAGAAGAACUCCUAGGUCACCUACUUGAGUGUGAUGUCAUUAUUUAUAACAUCACUGAAGAUGCAAAUCAAAUUGAAGAAGCUACUUGGGCCGCUUCUGCACUACAUGGAGAGGUACUACAUUUUGAGAAACCAAAGUUAUUUAUCUUAGUUUCAACAAUAAUGACAUGGGCACGAAGCAAACCUCUUGACCCAGAUGAUUCAGAAAUUCCUUUUACUGAAGAAGAUUAUCGCAGAAGAAAACCUCACCCUAACUUUAUGGACCAUAUAAAUGCUGAAAAAGUGAUUAUCAAACUUGGAAAAACAAACAAAAACAAAUUUUCAACCUAUGUUGUUGCUUCAGGACUUCAGUAUGGAGCUGAAGAAGGAAUAUUUCACUGCUUUUUUAAGACAGCUUGGCUUGGUGAGACUCCUGCAAUACCAGUUUUUGGUGAUGGAAACAAUUUUCUUCCAACCAUUCAUGUUGUUGAUUUAGCAGCGGUGUUACAAAACAUAGCUGACCAUAGGCCAAGGACUCACUACAUUGUGGCAGUGGAUGAAUCUAUACAUACUCUUCAGGACAUAGUUAAGUGCAUUAGCAAAAAUGUUGGACCAGGAAAAAUCCAAAAGAUUCCAAGAGAAAACGCUUUCUUAAGCAAAGACUUAACGCAAACACAUUUGGAUAUGUUACUUGUGAACCUGCGGAUGGAAGCUGUAUUCUUGAAGGAGAACUUCAACAUUAAGUGGGUUGCUCAGACAGGACUGGUGGAGAAUAUUGGGCAAGUCCUCAAAGAAUACAAGCAAAGUCGGGGAUUACUGCCAGUCAAAAUUUGUGUUCUUGGUCCUCCUGCAGUUGGGAAAUCUACCAUUGCUGAAGAACUCUGCAAACACUACAGGCUACAUCACAUUAAAAUAAAGGAUGUAAUUUCUGAAGCAAUAGAAAAUCUGGAGAAAAUUAUUGCUCCUAAAGAAACAGUGGAAACUGAAGAGGUGGGUGAGGAGGGAGAAGAUGAAGAAGAAGAAGAAGGGGACAGUAUAGAAGAGGCACAAGAACUCUUAGAUGGAGUCAAAGAAAACAUGGAGCAGAAUGGAGGUCGUCUAGAGGAUCAGUAUGUGAUUAAAUUCAUGAAAGAAAAGCUAAAGUCUAUGCCUUGCAAGAAUCAAGGAUAUAUUUUGGAUGGGUUUCCAAAGACCUAUGACCAGGCAAAAGAUCUAUUUAAUCUUGAAGAUGAUGCGGAAGAAGAAGAGACAAGAAGCAAAGUGCCUCGAUAUGAUAAAUUAAUCAUUCCUGAAUAUGUUAUUUCGUUGAAUGCCUCAGAUGAAUUCCUAAAAAACCGAGUAAUGAAUCUUCCAGAGAGUGUUGUAGCUGGAACUCAUUAUACUCAGGACCGGUUCUUGAGAACUCUCAGUCUCUUCAGGGAGUUAAAUACUGAAGAUGAGACUGUUCUCAACUAUUUUGAUGAACUUGAAAUACAUCCACAGUUUAUUGAUGUAGCAAAGUUUGAGGAUCCUGAGAACAGAUUUAUUGUAAAAGAGAUCAUCAAAGAAAUUGGAGAACUUCGAAAUUAUGGUUUGACAGAUGAAGAAAAGGAAGAACUAGAACGCAAAGCAGCCGAGGCACGCCUUGCCAAAGAAGCAGAAGAAAAUGCUGAACAGGAGCAUAAAGAAGCUGAGGAAAGGGCUGAAAAGUUGGCAAACUGGGAAGAGUGGAAUAAACGUCUAGAGGAAGUGAAGAGGCAGGAACAAGAAUUACUUGAAGCCCAGUCCAUUCCUCUAAGGAACUACUUAAUGAAGAAUGUCAUGCCAACACUUAUGCAAGGGCUGAAUGAAUGUUGCAAGAUCAGGCCUGAUGAUCCAGUUGACUUCCUGGCAGAAUAUCUCUUCAAGAACAAUCCUGAAAUGGAAUGAAAGAGUACUGACAGAUGUAAAACCCCAGCACAUCAUCACACUAAUGAAAAGGCAGAACAUUUCUAAAAUGUAUUUUACAAAAAAAUUGAUUACAUUGAAACUAUUUUAUUUA